AAACUCCUACUCAUCUAUCCCUCAAAUUUACUACUAAAAGUGAAAUUUAAGAAUAAAAAUAUUACUUAAAAGUAGGGGAAUAGAAGUAUACUUGUAAAGCAAAAGAAAGAUGACUCAAGAACCUUCCACUUGUUUCAUAGUUGCCAUCUCAUAAUGAAAUAUUAUUAAAAAAAAAAAAAACUUAAAUUAGAUAGGAAUAAAUAGAAAAGCUUGAACAUAAAAAGAAAGACAAAAACCCACCGUUUGUUUAAUUUGUAUUUGUUUUCCUCUUUAUUUGGUUGUGAUUAGUAAAGCUUAAAGAAUUAAGCACAAAAAAAUGGCACAAGGAAAGGUAGGAAGAGUAUUGAUGUUGCCCGUAUUAGUAGUUGAUUUGGUUGUGUACCUCAUAAUUUUGGGUCUUGCUUCUUGGUCUCUCAAUAAGUACAUCGAUGGCCAACAAAAUAACCCUCUUUUGGGUGGAAAUGCAGCCACAAGUUACAUGCUUAUUUUUGCUCUUUUAGCCGGAACAACCGGGAUUGCAUCGGUGUUAGCGGGUUUCGCUCACUACCGAGCAUGGUCAACAGCCAGCAUGGCUGCCUCCGCCUCCGUGGCUGCCAUAUCAUGGGCCCUUACUGGGCUGGCAUUUGGACUGGCCUGGAAGGAGGUCAGGCUAGGUGGUCAUAGAGGGAAACGCUUAACAACACUUGAAGUAUUUAUCAUAAUUUCAGCUUUGAUCCACUUGUUGUACAUAAUGCUCCUGCAUGCUGGUUCAUUUAAUCACAUAUAUGGGCCUUACUAUACCCAACAUGGUCAUGAAGGCCCAAUAUCGGAGGCCCAAAAGGCUUCAAGCAGUGAAACUCAUGCUAAUGCUUGAUUGAUCAAAUUGGUAUACAUUAUAUAUAUCAUGGUUUUACAAAUAAUUAAUUUAGCACAAACUCUCUAAGACGGUGUCAUGAUAAAUCAUUUUUAUUGGAUUGUUUCAAUGUACAUUUACUGUCUUAAUGUGAUCACUUAUAAUUUUAAAGUGAUAUCUUACAGUAAAAGUGAUAAUUUAUAACC